UGAGCUCAUCAGUUGAAUCCAACAAAGCGCGACUUACAAAACGCUCCAAAGCGAAAUCAAAGCGAUCAAAUCUUGUCCGAAAGGAUAUUUUCCAAGUGAAGCAAUCUUGUGAAAAGUGAAAAGUAACCAUUCGUACAGUGAAAAUGUCGAUCAUCCCGAUUUUCUUCCGCAACUGGUGGGACGACGAGUGGGACCGUCCGCUGUGGAGUUCCCGGCUGUUGGACCAGCACUUUGGCAGUGGUGUGACGGCGGACGAUCUCCUGAACGCUCUGGCUUCGGUGUCCGAUCGUCGUCUUCAGUCACAGUCCCAGCAACAGCUUGCCAGUCGUUACAAUCGCCCAUGGCACAGCUCCUGUUUGACCAGCAAGCGAGACAGCGGAUCCACGGUGAGCGUCACCAACGACAAGUUCCAGAUCAACCUGGACGUGCAACAGUUCUCGCCCGAGGAGAUCUCGGUGAAGUACGUGGACAAUUCCGUCGUGGUGGAAGGCAAGCACGAGGAAAAACAGGACGAGCAGGGUUACAUUUCGCGACACUUUGUCCGGCGUUACAUGCUUCCCAAGGGCCACAAUGAGGCCGAUAUCGUGUCAUCGCUCUCGUCGGACGGUAUCCUUACCAUCAGCUGUCCCAGAAAGGAGAUCGAGCAGAAAAAGCCAGAGCGCAGCAUUCCCAUCACACAGACGGGACAACCGGUGAAGCAAGUGACGGAAAAGGCUGCGGAACAAAAUGGCCAAGCAGGCAAGAAGGAGGGCGAGACGAUGGAGUCUUGAAGGAAAUGCCAUUGAUACAUUUUUAGAUUGUGAAUAAGCAGCUCGAUUUAAGUAGCAUUUAAUAAAUUAUGGAUGGUUUUGUAAAAAAACGAAAAC